UUCCGAUCCAAAACGUCAGCAUCCAACAUAUUAACCAUGGCACCCAUCAACAAAGCUGCGUAUUUGGACGGUGCAAAGAAGCGGCCACUUGCGGUUCGCGAUGCACCGUAUACAAGCCCUGGCCCGGACCAAAUAGUCGUCAAGAAUUUCGCCAUCGCUCUGAACCCAGUCGAGGCAUUCAAGCAGGCCCUGGGGAACCUGAUGUAUGAACAUGUCAAAUAUCCUUUUGUAAUGGGAUUUGAUGUUUCUGGUAUCGUGGUUGAAGUCGGCCCCAACGUGACGCGCUUCAAAGUCGGAGACAGGGUGAUCGGACUCGCCCUUGGCAUGGAGAAGCACUACAACAGUUCGGCAAUGUGUGGAUUUCAGAUGUAUACGGUUCUGCAGGAAAAAAUGACCUGCCCCGUUCCACAGUCAAUUUCACUUGAGAAGGCAGUGGUAUUACCACUGGGCCUGUCGACGGCGGCCUGCAGCCUGUUCCAGAAGGACCAGCUUGGUCUGAGACACCCAAUGGUCGACCAGGCUGGGCUUGACGGGUCUGGAAGGAGCGACGUCCCUACCGAGAAAGAGGUGUUGGUGAUCUGGGGCGGCUCGACCAGUGUCGGAUGCAAUGCGAUACAGCUCGCCAAAGCAGCAGGCUACGAGGUGGUCACGACGUGCUCGCCACGAAAUUUCGACCUAGUAAAGUCGCUCGGCGCUACAGCGGCCUACGACUACCGUAGCAAAUCGGUCGUCGAGGACAUUGUGCAACACCACUGCCGCGACAGAACGGUCGCGGGAGCCAUGUCCAUCGGCGACGGCGGCGCCGAGGCCUGCGUCGAGAUUCUCGGCCGCAGCAGCAGAGGCAAACGCUUUCUGUCCAUGGUCAGCUAUCCAAGCCCGCCCGACGUCGAUGCCGGGAUCCCUUCUCGGAUCGUCUUCAUGGCGCGUUGGAUGGCGUCCAUGACCUUCAAGACUUGGACGAAAGGGGUCCGGUCAAAGUUUGUCUGGGGAGGCACGCUAGAGCACAACGAGGUCGGAAAGAUGAUCUACGAGAGCUUUUUGCCGUUGGCCCUGGAACGUGGCGUGCUUGUGCCUGCGCCGGCGCCGGAGGUGAUUGGGAAUGAUUUGGGGUCAAUCCAAGCUGGGCUCGAUAGGUUGAAAUAUGGGAAAGUGUCGGGGAGCAAGCUGGUUGUGCAGUUAGACACCGAGAAUUAA